AUGACAACUACUACACAAAACUUGCAACCCAAACUACAACAGGGUCCCGUCGCUGCACAAGGUACCCCCGCCACCGCCGCCGCCACGGCAACAACCCCCUCCACAACUGUACAACCUAUCCAACAGGUCCCUCAACAACCUCUAGAUCCAGUGGCACAAGCCACUGCGGAAACUUGGCUCUCCAUUGCCUCAUUGGCAGAGACCGUAGGUGAUGCAGAUCGUGCGGCAAUGGCUUAUGACGCUACUUUACAAUUCAAUCCACAAUCUACAAAGGCUCUCACUUCACUGGCUCAUUUGUAUAGAUCCCGCGAUAUGUUUCAAAGAGCCGCCGAAUUGUAUGAAAGAGCUCUCUCCAUUAAUCCUGAAUUAAGUGACGUUUGGGCUACUUUGGGCCAUUGUUAUUUAAUGCUAGACGAUUUACAAAGAGCUUAUAAUUCUUAUCAACAAGCGUUGUAUCAUCUUUCUAAUCCAAACGUCCCCAAAUUGUGGCAUGGUAUUGGGAUUCUUUAUGAUAGAUAUGGUUCUUUGGAUUAUGCAGAGGAGGCAUUCGCAAAAGUAUUAGAAUUGGACCCACAAUUUGAAAAGGCAAAUGAAAUUUAUUUUAGAUUGGGGAUCAUUUAUAAACAUCAGGGGAAAUGGACUCAAGCUUUGGAAUGCUUUAGAUAUAUCUUAAAUCAACCACCUGCUCCCUUACAAGAAUGGGAUAUUUGGUUUCAAUUGGGGAGUGUAUUGGAAUCCAUGAAUGAAUGGCAAGGUGCAAGAGAAGCUUAUGAACAUGUCUUAUUACAAAAUGAAAAUCAUGCUAAAGUUUUACAACAAUUAGGUUGUUUAUAUGGUAUGAAUAACGUUAGCUUUUAUGAUCCACAAAAGGCUUUAAAUUAUCUAUUAAAAUCAUUAGAAGUGGAUCCAAAUGAUUCAACAACUUGGUAUCAUUUGGGUAGAGUUCAUAUGAUUAGAAAUGAUUACACUGCCGCUUAUGAUGCUUUCCAACAAGCUGUUAAUAGAGAUUCAAGAAAUCCAAUCUUUUGGUGUUCCAUUGGUGUCUUAUAUUAUCAAAUUUCUCAAUAUAGAGAUGCAUUGGAUGCUUAUACAAGAGCCAUUAGAUUAAAUCCAUAUAUUAGUGAAGUUUGGUACGAUUUAGGAACACUUUAUGAAACUUGUAAUAAUCAAUUGAAUGAUGCAUUGGAUGCAUAUAAACAAGCUGCAAGAUUGGAUCCAGAAAAUGUUCAUAUUAGGAAAAGAUUAGAAUCCUUAACUCAACAAUUAUCAAAUCCAAAUCAACAACAACAGCAACAGCAACAGCAACAACAACAGUCAUCAUCCUCAUCUACCGCUAAUGAUAACAAACUGGAAAAUGCAAACCAACAAGGUAUUCAAAACAGACAAGGUAUGCAAGGACAAUCUGAAUUCCCUGCAAAUAUCAACAAUAAUGAAAAUGGCAUUAAUCCACCACCAGUAAUGUUACAACCAACAUUACAACAAAAUGACCAGGGAAAUCCAUUAAAUGUUAGACCAUCUUUACCAAAUCAAAAUACCAACACUGGUGUUUAUCCAAAUGGAUUGUUGGCACAACAAGCUCAAGUCCAACAACAAUUACAAUUGCAACAAUUACAACAACAACAAGGACAAAAUCUUGUAGCACAACAACAACAACAACAACAACAACUAUCCCCUCAACAAUAUCCUGGGCCAACAAUGUUAUCUCCUCAAACUCAACAAACUGCAAUGAACAUGCAACAAAUGUCCAAUAGUCCACCAUUACUCUCUCAAUCUGCCAUCUUGCAACGUGAACAACAAAUUCAACAACAACAGCAACAGCAACAGCAACAACAACAAUUACAAAUACAACAACAACAAGAACUAUUGGAACAACAACAAAAGAUCCAACAACAACAACAGCAGCAGCAGCAGCAGCAACAACAACAACAACAACAAGAACAAAAUGCUCAAAUGGAGUCUUCCAUCCUUCCUCAAAAGAGAUCUAUGGAAGGCAAUAUCCAUACUUUAGUGGACGCUGCUGUCUCAAGUGCUUCUGAACCUGCUUCCUCCAUUCCAAUUCCAACACAACCACCUGCGGGAGCCAUUGCCACGACAACAGUUCCUCAAAAUAUAAAUACAUCUCCAUCUCAACCUGCAACAGUCUUAACUCCAACAACGGCACCAGCAACAAUAACAGAAAAUAUUCAAACAAAUUCAGAAGAACCACAAGCAAAGAAACCAAAAGUAGCUUCACCACCACCACCACCAGAAGAACCACAACCUUCUGAAGCAGCACCUACCACCACCCCUGCAAAACAAGAUAAUGUUACAUCUCCACCCCCACAAGAAAAGGAACCAACACCACCACCACCAGCAGCACCAGCACCAGUUGAAACGGUGACGACAGUAUCAGAACCAGCAACGGAACCUGAACAUACGCUACCCGAUGGAAAGGAAACGGAUGUUUCUCCAACUAAGCAAGACUCACUAACAGACGAUCAUCACAAUGAAAUAUUGAAUAGUACUAGUGAGGUGGAUAUCGUCAUUAAGCCAUCAGCAGAAGCCAUGGAAAAAGUUCAAGAAGAAACACGUAUACGUGAAGAGGAAGAACGUGAAAGAUUAGAAGCUAACAAUGUUGAAAAUGCCGAUAAGAAAAAUGCUACUGAUGGUAAGGAUGAAAAGACAGAACAGAUUAAGGAAAAUAUCGUUAGACAAGUGGAGGAAGAUGAAAAUUACGAUGAUUAA